AUGCCCCUGACCCUCGAUGUGGGUGCCCCAAUGACCAUCACGCUGCCCGAAUACAACUCUUGGAACAUUGAUUCCUCGGCCAAUCGCCAAUUUUUCGAGCGCAAUCUUGCCGAUCCCGAGCUCCACUACCUUGCCGCCGCCUCCCUCCCCGGCUUUCUCCGCUUUGGCGGCACGGGCAACGAUGAGCUUACUUACGGCAUUGGCAACCUCAGCUGUGCUGGCGCGCCUUACUGCCUCAACGAGACGCUCUUUGUCAAUCUUCUCAAUUUCAGCCAUGCCGCCGGUGCCAAACUGGUCUUUGGCCUCAACAUUGCCUAUCGUACCUCCGAAGGCCGGUGGGAUCCCGCCCCUGCCGAAGUCCUCAUCCGCCAUGGCCUUGCCCUGGGGUUUGAGUUUUAUGCCUUUGAGCUUGGCAACGAACAAAACGACAACUAUUCGCCCGAGUCAGAAGCCGCAGACUUUGCCAUCCUACACAAACUGCUCGACAAAAUAUACGACAACCAAAGCCUUGCCACGGCAACACGCCCAAAGAUCUUUGGACCCGAUCCCCAUAGCUUCCAUGACGUGGAGGAGAGCACUUUGACCUUUUUGCAAAAGUUUGCGCAAUCGGCUCUAGAACAGGGCGUCGACCUCUAUGCCGUCACCCAUCACGAGCAAGUCAUCGUCCAACCCGCAAAUGCCCCUGGCGAGAUUGGUCCCCACAACGGGGGCAGUCCUGGUUGCAACCAUUCCUCCAUGCGGUGGGCCACCUUUGCCGAUGUCUUUUGGUAUCUGGAUGCCCUUGGCGCCAAGGCGGCCGCAGGGUAUGCUGCGUUUUGUCGACAAAACUUUAUCGGCAUCGAUUAUGGUCUGCUCGAUUGUGCAACGCACGAGCCGUUGCCCGACUUUUAUGCCAGCCUACUCUGGAGCGCGACCAUGGGGACAGCGGUGCUCAACGCCACCUCGCCCGAGGGCAGCGUCCGCUUUUAUGCUCAUUGCGGAUCAACGCGUCAAUCCCCGUUUGUUCACAACCUCCACUCAUCGCCCGUGACUGUGUCGGUUCUACUUCUCAACCUGGCUGAGACACCUCAAAGUGUUGGUCUUCCUGCCUCACUGGCCAACGCCACGGCAUCGGUGUUUGUCCUCGAAAGUGGGCCAGCGGGGCCGGCAGGUACACAGGUCAAGCUUAACGGUGAGAUGCUUGAGUACAGUUACAUGCAGCUGCCGACGCUAGUAGGCGAGCGUCAUCAACUCAACUCAACGCUGGUGCUACCUCCACAAUCGGCUUCUUUUCUUUCCAUUGAGGAUGUGGCUGUUCCGGCGUGUUUUGCCUAA